ACAUUCUCCUUUUUUUUUUUUUCUUUUUUUUUUUUUCUUUUUCUUCUUUCUUUUUUUUCAAUUUUUGGGGCCCAAUAUAUUUGCGUCGGAGCUUUUGGCCUGCUCGUAGUGGUACCUGGAAUAUCCGGCCAAUUUCUCCGAUCGAAGCUCCAACUUCCUUGUGUUUAUACUUUUGUCUCUUGGAUUCUUGGUAAUGGAACAUUUCUUUUAGGAUUUCUUCAAAAGCUAAGCCCAAUUUCGCGGCAGAGAUGGCUCGGCAAAUGACGUCGACGCACUUCCACAAGAAGACGCUCGACAACAAAUAUAUGCUCGGAGAUGAGAUUGGCAAAGGAGCAUAUGGUAGAGUUUACAAGGGUUUGGAUUUGGAGAAUGGAGACUUUGUUGCAAUUAAACAAGUUUCUUUGGAGAAUAUUGCACAGGAGGAUCUCAAUAUCAUCAUGCAAGAGAUUGAUUUACUUAAGAAUUUGAACCACAAAAACAUUGUCAAAUAUCUUGGAUCCUUAAAGACAAAGACUCACCUUCACAUAGUUCUUGAGUAUGUGGAAAAUGGUUCACUUGCAAAUAUUAUCAAGCCAAAUAAGUUUGGACCUUUUCCAGAAUCAUUGGUUGCUGUCUACAUUGCGCAGGUUUUGGAAGGCUUGGUUUAUCUGCAUGAACAGGGUGUAAUUCAUCGGGACAUUAAGGGUGCAAACAUAUUGACAACUAAAGAGGGUCUUGUGAAACUUGCUGAUUUUGGUGUUGCUACGAAAUUGACCGAGGCUGAUGUCAAUACACAUUCAGUUGUUGGAACUCCAUAUUGGAUGGCCCCAGAGGUAAUUGAAAUGUCGGGGGUUUGUGCCGCUUCUGACAUAUGGAGUGUUGGUUGCACUGUGAUUGAACUUCUUACUUGCGUGCCUCCUUACUAUGAUCUACAGCCCAUGCCAGCUUUGUUUCGUAUAGUUCAGGAUGACCAUCCUCCAAUACCUGAUAGCCUAUCUCCUGACAUUACUGAUUUUCUGCGGCAGUGCUUUAAGAAGGAUGCUAGGCAAAGGCCUGAUGCAAAAACACUGCUUUCUCACCCUUGGAUACAAAACUGUAGGCGGGCUUUGCAGUCUUCCAUUCGAAAUAGUGGAUCAAUAAGGAUUAUACAAGACCCAAUGGAUGGGGAAAUCUCCAAUGGAGAUCAUCAAAGUUCUGGUGGAAGCCAUUCUGCAGAGAAAGCAGAAUUAGCUACUUCUGUUAUAAAUACUGAGACUAGGAAAGAGUUAUUAUCAACUGAAGCCAUUGAUAUGAACAAGUCUGAUCAGGAUCAAGAUUCAGAGUCAAAUCUUGUUGAAGAAAGGGCAGAUAAUGUAGAAGAUGAUCUUCGGUUGGAUCAGGUUCCCACCUUAGCUAUCCAUGAAAAGUCAUCUCUGCAAAAUAGUUCUGGCAUAAUUUCUUCUGAUGGUCAAAGGGUUACCUCUGGUCAAGCUGAUGCAAACAACCGGGAAGUUCUGUCUAAUGGUGAGGUGAAAUCUCAUGAGCCAAUGUUGGAAAAUGGAGGGAAAGAAAGUUCUUUAUUUGUUGGGAGUAAAUCGUUUGGUUUUGGAAAGAGAAAUCAAGAUCAUAGUUCUCAAAAGGCCACAAAGAUGUCCGCAACCAUGGGUGGAAAUGAGCUGAGUAGAUUUAGUGACACUCCAGGAGAUGCUUCCUUGGAUGAUCUAUUUAAUCCGUUAGAUAAACUUCCAGAAGAUCGAGGAAUGGUGGCCUCAACAUCUGCAUCCACAUCACAUCCCAACAAAGGCAAUGCAUCUCUAACAGAUCCUGGGAAAAAUGACCUUGCUACCAAGUUGAGGGCUACAAUUGCUCAAAAACAAAUGGAAAAUGAGAAUGGGCCUGCAAAUGGUGGUGGCGGUAACCUGUUACGCCUUAUGAUGGGUGUUCUGAAAGAUGAUGUGAUUGAUAUUGAUGGUUUGGUCUUUGAUGAGAAGUUGCCUGGAGAAAACCUGUUCCCCCUACAGGCUGUUGAGUUUAGCAGAUUAGUUGGGUGUUUGAGACCAGAUGGAUCAGAAGAUGUUAUUGCAUCUGCUUGUCAGAAACUUAUUGCUAUAUUCCAUCAACGCCCUGAGCAGAAACUUGUUUUUAUUACCCAGCAUGGUUUGCUCCCCCUAAUGGAAUUGCUUGAAGUCCCAAAAACUCGUGUCAUUUGUUCUGUGCUUCAAAUUAUAAAUCAGCUAAUCAAAGAUAAUACUGAUUUCCAGGAAAAUGCUUGUCUUGUUGGUCUGAUCCCUGUAGUAAUGAGCUUUGCGGUACCUGAUCGUCCCCGGGAAAUUCGUAUGGAGGCAGCUUAUUUUUUGCAGCAACUUUGUCAGUCAAGCCCCUUGACGUUGCAAAUGUUCAUAGCAUGUCGUGGAAUACCUGUUUUGGUUGGCUUUCUGGAGGCUGAUUAUGCAAAGUACAGGGAAAUGGUUCAUUUAGCUAUCGAUGGCAUGUGGCAAGUCUUUAAGCUUCAGCGUUCAACCCCCAGAAAUGAUUUUUGUCGCAUAGCUGCACAGAAUGGAAUACUGCGGAGGCUUAUCAACACACUUCAUAGCUUGAAUGAAGCAACUCGAUUAGCUACCAUAUCUGGAUCUGUUGGCGGUGGAUUUCCCCUUGAGGGAUCAACCCAACGUCCACGAUCUGGUUCACUGGAUCCUAACCAUCCUAUUUUUGUUCAAAAUGAGGCAUCACUUUCAGCAGCUGAUCAGCUUGAUCUCACCAAGGUCAGACAUGGAAUAGUUGAUAAUCAUCUUUCAACUGUAACAUCAGAACCUUUGCAUACUUCAAUAUCAAAUUCGCAAAGAGUAGAUGUCAAACAAUCAGAUUUGCUACAUCAUCACUUGGAUACUGAAAGACCUCAAUCUAGCAAUGCAGCACCAGAGGCUCCGGUUACUUCAAAAUUGCCAGAUCCAACAUCUUUAGAAAAAGUAGCUAACCUUGCAACCAAGGAACCUUCAGCUACCACUUCACGGACAGAUAUUGACCAUAGACAGCAGCGGGCCACUAUUGCUGGUAACAGGACAUCCACUGAUCGACCUCCAAAAUUGAUGGAAGGUGCAUCAAAUGGUUUUCCUACAACACUUCUUACGCAGCAAGAGCAUGUACGGCCUCUUCUUAGCUUGUUGGACAAGGAACCACCUUCUCGACAUUUCUCUGGUCAGCUUGAGUAUGUACGCCAUUUCUCUGGUCUUGAGAGACAUGAAACUAUUUUGCCCCUUCUACAUGCCUCAAAUGAGAAAAAGACGAAUGGGGAACUCGAUUUCCUAAUGGCAGAAUUUGCUGAUGUCUCUCAACGUGGAAGAGAAAGUGGGAAUGUUGAUGCUGCUGCUAGAAUAUCUCAUAAAACAGUGAGUAAGAAGAUAGGACCACCGCCAUCUAAUGAGGGCACUGCAUCCACAUCUGGGAUUGCAUCCCAGACAGCAUCUGGUGUACUGUCUGGUUCAGGUGUUCUAAAUGCUAGACCAGGGAGUGCAACAUCAUCUGGAUUACUUUCCCACAUGGUUUCGACAUUGAAUGCUGAUGUUGCCAGGGAUUACCUAGAAAAGGUUGCUGAUCUUCUUCUUGAGUUUGCUCAAGCAGAUACAACUGUAAAAGCCCAUAUGUGCUCCCAAAGCUUGCUCAACCGUCUUUUCCAGAUGUUCAAUAAAGUAGAGCCCCCAAUUCUUUUGAAGAUAUUGAAGUGUAUCAACCAUUUGUCAACUGAUCCAAACUGCUUAGAGAAUCUUCAGCGUGCAGAUGCAAUAAAAUAUUUGAUCCCAAAUCUUGAACUCAAAGAAGGAUCUCUUGUAUCUCAAAUACAUACUGAGGUCUUAAAUGCACUAUUCAAUCUGUGCAAAAUAAAUAAGAGGAGACAGGAGCAGGCUGCUGAAAAUGGAAUUAUUCCACACUUGAUGCGGUUUAUUGAAUCUGAUUCACCCUUGAAACAAUAUGCAUUACCUCUACUAUGUGACAUGGCUCAUGCAUCACGAAACUCGAGGGAGCAACUAAGGGCUCACGGUGGACUGGAUGUGUACUUGAGCCUUCUUGAGGACCAGGUCUGGUCAGUGAUUGCAUUGGAUUCAAUUGCUGUUUGCUUAGCUCACGACAAUGACAAUCGCAAAGUGGAACAAGCAUUGCUAAAGAAGGAUGCAGUUCAAAAACUAGUGAAGUUCUUCCAGUGCUGUCCGGAACAGCAUUUCGUACACAUAUUGGAGCCAUUCUUGAAAAUUAUUACGAAAUCGUCUCGAAUUAACACAACAUUAGCUGUGAAUGGUUUGACACCAUUGCUUAUAGCAAGGCUGGAUCAUCAAGAUGCUAUAGCUCGUCUGAAUCUUCUUAAGCUGAUAAAGGCUGUUUAUGAGCACCAUCCACGGCCAAAGCAGCUAAUUGUUGAGAACGAUUUGCCUCAGAAGCUUCAGGAUUUAAUAGAAGAACGCAGAGAUGGACAACGGUCCGGUGGCCAAGUGUUGGUGAAGCAAAUGGCUACUUCGUUGUUGAAAGCACUUCAUAUUAACACCGUUUUGUAAAGUUUAGGUUCUAAUUUUUUUCUUUUUCCUCUUCUUAAUUGUAUAUUUGAUUGUUCAUAUAAAGAAUGUAUUUAUGUUGGUUUUAGUUAUAGAAUUUCUAGGCACAUCCAUUUCUGUUUGCCCUUUUUCUUUCUCUUUCUUUUUUUUUUAUUUUUUAUUUUUUAUUUUUAUUUUUCAAUCCCUUUCUUUUUUCCUUCCUACACUGAUGGAACAUGAAUUUGUCAGUGUGGCUAUCGUUUUGCUCGACUGAAUUAUUUUUUAGUGGGUGUUUUUAGUGCGUGUUUUGUUUCUUUCUUUCUUUGUUGGCCAAAUGCAAUGUUCCAGCUGGCCAGAGUGGUUUGUAAUUAACUUUUGUCAGACAAUUAAUGCCAUGGUUAUUUAUGGAACUAUUUUCAAUUUUGAGUC